ACCAUUAAAUUAUUUUGUAAUUAAUAAAAAAAAAAACGGAUGAAAUUUUCUCUCCAAUGAAAGGCACUAUCCUCUCCUUCAUAUUCAUUUUCUUCCUCUCUCUUCAUCCCUCGCGCCCUUUCUCUCUCCUCCUUGUUCCUUCCCUUCUCCGAUCCUUCGAUCACUGAUUGUAAUCAUUCAUCGCUUCCCUCGGCUUCUUUCUCCGAGUUGAUUUUGGGGGUGCUCUUCGUAAGUUAUAUUGAUCUCUGAAACUUAGAAGCCGUAAGCUCUUGUUUUGAUGAUAAUAAGGAUUGAUAUUCUGCAUCAAGAAAUCUGUACAUUAUGGAUCAAAUGACGGAUUCUGAAAUGGAUCAACAGAGGCAAGGCUAUUUUCAUUCUGAACCCUGCAUCCUUAUGAGAGGCUCCUCAAGCAUCUCGCAGUCCAAUAUCCGCACAAUGGUGACCGCUUCAGGAAACACAAAUGUUGAUUCUCACUAUUUACCGGAUGCUUAUGACAAUGUUAGGGUGUAUGGAGUUACACAAUACAAUGGCAUUCAGCCUCCACAUAAUCUUGAUAUGGGUGUACCAGCUGCAGCAAACUUAUAUUAUUCUGGCAUGAAUCCUUCUUCUAGUACUGGUGUUUUCCCUCUGCCUCUAAAUCACAGAGCCUCUGAUUUGCCAGGUUCAAGCACAUUUGCAGUCUCUGGAGUUUCUUCAGAUAAUUUUGGAAGAAGUUCUGGUUUCAUGGAUGACGUUAGAGGUCCAUACAAAAGGAAAAAUGCUGAAGGGAUUAGAGGAAGUUACCAGUAUUUUAAUGCUUCAGCUAGUUCUUCUAUUACUCCCCCUAAUGCUAGACACACUGAUGGCGUUGCUAUGAUGGAUGCUGCAUCAUUUUCAUUCCGCACCCCAUCACUUGUGGAAGUUGGAGCACAUGGUAGUGCAUGGAGCAGGUCAGGUGAGUCUAUUAUGGUGCAUGACCAUAAUCAUUUGAUUCAUGGAAACUAUUUAGGGCAGCACUUUCAGCCAGCUGCCCCUCCCUGGUUGGACCUACAAUUGAAUAGUAAUAAUAACGAUGCCCAUACUACAGCCUGGAAUCCGUCCCUUCCCAUGCCUUAUAUACCAGCACACAAUGUUAAUGGAAGUUCAUUAGAGAGUGCAAAUAUGGGCUUGCAGAGAUAUCAUGAUCCAGCUGGCAGCCGAAAUGGGCUCAGAUUUCCUCAUCCUCUUCCUGUCAACCAACAGCACCAUAAUUACCAUCAUCCAGCAUUGCCUAUGCAAGGAGUAAGAGGUCACAAUCACAAUAUCAACUUUCACCCUCCGGUAACUGCAGCUUCAUUUAGAGUUCCAACACAUCCUUCACGCAGUGUUGCCAUCCCGAUACAGACUGGUUUUGAGAUGGGUCCUAGGCAUGUUGGUACUGCACCAUCAGCUGGCCUCCGGAUUUACAGACCUCAUAGAGGAGUUGUGCCUGAGACAACUCUUGGACAUCGUGGCCUUCCCCCGGUGGGCUUCCUCCAAGUUGAUGAUGUUGCUUUAAUUGAUGAAGUGGGAAAUUUGGUUGACCAUCACAGAGAUAUGCGCUUGGACAUAGAGGACAUGUCUUAUGAGGAUCUUCUUGCACUGGGUGAGCGGAUUGGCAAUGUAAGCACUGGCUUAUCAGAGGAAACAAUUACUACUCAGUUGAAGACAAAAACUUAUUUACUGUGUGCUUCUGCUAUUAAUCUGGAGGAGGCAGCUAGUGAUGAUCAAGAAACUGAUUCUUGUAUAAUAUGUCAGGAUGAAUUUAAGAACCAAGAGAAGAUUGGAGUUCUUCGAUGUGAGCAUGAAUAUCAUGCAGAGUGCUUAAAGAAAUGGUUGCUUGUCAAAAAUGUCUGCCCCAUAUGCAAAUCAGAAGCUUUAACUCCUGGAAGGAGGGAUGUAUAGAAAUCAAUGAACUUAACAUCUUUCUCUUCCUAUGCUAAUUUAUUUUUGAACAAAAUUCAUAUUUUGUUAUGUAUUUUGUAUAUGUACUUGCACAUAUAUAGACAGUUACACUGCCCAACUCGUUUAUUGUUGGCACCAGAACUUGUAUCUAUCAAGUUGUACAGACUUUGUUCUGUUUUCAGGUAAUUAUAUCAAUACUGUUUUUCAUUC